AUGGGCUCUGCCAAUCUUCUUCCCAGUCGUUACAAUCUUCCUCAACCUGACAGUGGCAUUGCAUCUUUGCUUCCUCUUCAGUGUACUCCCGAUCUCCUGCAUGCCCACUGCUCACUCUUUUCCAAUGAUCAUGGGAGAUUUGCGAGAUAUGACACCAGGCGAAGCAUCAGGCAGGUAAGAAUUCUGGCAAAAUUCACCCUUUGUCAAGUUUUGCCAAGCAGAGGAACAAUACAUAGGACAAAGUAGUCUGUACCAGUGUUAAUUUUGUUGACUAAAAGUUUGGAGAUUUAGUCGACAAACAAUUCAGAUGACUAAAAUACGACUAAAACUAAAAUGGCAUUUUAGUCAAAAGACUAAAGCUAAAUUUGCCAACAAAAUUAACACUGCACAGAGGUUAUGUGGAAGGGGCAAAAGAGAAAGACCAGGGCUUGGGAGAGAGACACCAAGAGGGGCUAGGAGGACACAAAGAGACACAGAGGAGAUGGGGAAGGAGCAAAAGAGACAGAUCAAGACUUUAACUAAACCUAUUAUAUUUUAGUCAUGUUGACUAAUAUCUCUAGCAGAUUUAGUCAACUAAAGUCUACUGGAGAUUUAGUCGAUUAAAACUAGAUUAAAAAUAAACAAUUCAGAUGGCUAAAAUACGACUAAAACAGUGUGGCAAAACUAGCCACUUAUUUGUAUGAAAGAGUUGGUUCGACUAUUUGAGGUUCCCGAACAGAAUAUGGACAUAUUGUUCGUCAGUCGAACCAACCACCGAAUGAGGAAACCACCCAAGGGAGUCGUGUGCCUCCAAUUAGCUAUUGUAACAUCAGAAAACCGCAAGGUUCUAAAUGGUCAGAUGGGUGGCCGCCGUUUGUAUGACUGAACACGUGGUGGCGGCCAUCUUUGCUCACUAACGCACAGCGGUGUUUGGUUGUCGAGUGCAUGGAACUAUAAUCGGACACUCGACCGCACGAACACCGCUGUACUUCCAUCCUGUUCGUAUGUUCAUUUCCCUUCGUCUAGAAAGAGCGGCAUUCGACUGAAUUGAACGAAUGAACAUCAGGCACACAACUACCCAAUUCAUGAACAUUUUGAUUUGUUAUUUUAAUAGUGAAAACUCUUGAAAGAAGACUGGUCAAAGCAUUCCACCUCAUGGAACUGUUUUGGGGCUUCACCUCGUGGUUGACCGGUCGAAACUUUACUCGAAUGGCAUUCCUGUUUUACCAAACGGAUCUGAGCGGUAUUUCGACAGAUUGGGCUUCCAAAUCCCGGCUAUUCGGUAAAGUGUAUUCGUGGAGUUCUGAUUAAUAUUAUGGCAGUUAUGAUGUUUUAAAAUAUUGUUUAAUUUUCUGUACUUGGGAGAUAAUCUAAUUAAAGAAUUGUCCUUAUGCAAUUAUCUUCCAAGUAUAGAAAAGGAGCCUGGGAAAUGUGUCAUUGUUCCCUGUCCCCAACAAGGUCCACCAGGGGAAAACCCUUGGAAUGUAAUUAAAGAAACCCGUUGCAUGGGGAAUCGUAUAAAAGCCAGCUGUGGCUCAAUAAAAACCAGUUGACUCCCAAAGCUGUGUAUUGUCCGGUUGUUGGAAAAUUGGAAUGGGAAUUGCUGAGCUACGCUUCUCUUGAAUGCUGAUUGAGUCUGCCAGUAAAUACUUCUACUCAGCUACAAACAGCUUUUUAGUCAAAAGACUAUGACUAAAACUAAAUUGAAAUUUGCUGACAAAAUUAACACUGGUCCCUACUUUUGUAUUUGAAGAAAAAUAGAACAGAAAAUAAAAAUGUAUUAAGAGACAGGAGAGACAAGAGAAGAAUAAUUGAUUAUGGAAAGGUAACUGUGAUGUGACAGAGCCACUUAAAAUUCUUCACAGUCACUUUCUAUAUACACACACAGUUAUAGUACCAUGCAUAUGAAUUACUAGUCUACACAAGCCAAUCACUGAAUAAGCACCAUGUAAUUAAUUGAAAAUGGGGUGGUCUGACACUUUUAUAGAUAGGUUUGCAAGAACCACCAUGUUUUCAAGGAUACAUAAUGCAAGUGAAAAUUUUGUUCUUGCAGUAUGUGGCAUUCAUAUGCUGCAUGAUUCCUCAAUGACUGCCUUGAUUUCUCCCCAUAUUGCAUGGCAGCAUCUUUCCUGAGCUGUCCAUCUUUAUCACUACCAGACAUGUGUCCAGGAAACCACAGUGCUUCUGGAAAUGCACACUGUACAGCCCCAUCUCAGCAGCCAAUUAGUGACACAGUGCAGAGCCCAGGGGUGACAGACUGUCCUACAAACCCAUGAGUUUACCUGCAGAUGGUACCAGGCUGAGCAGAACUCAGUGUCUGGGAUACAGCCCGCCAGGCACCCAACAAUCACCGGGAGAUAGGAGAGCCCUGUGCACGAGCACACAGCUCUGCGCGUACCCGUCUAAGCUGGGGAGGGAGAGGGCACGUGCGCCUACCCGAGGAUCAGCUCGGCUUUCACUGUAGAAGCGGGUACGCGCGCAGUGUGACAGACCGGAAGUAAGUGAGGGAGGCUGUGAAUGGCCAGAGUAAGCGGAAGCGGAAGUCAGUGCAGCAUGCUGUGUGCCUGGAGGAAAGCAGAUUCAUAGUGAGUAUACCUGGACAGUGUGACCUUUGUCAAAUAAUAAUGAUGAUAAUAAUGUAAGACCAUCCCUCCCUCCCCCCACUGUGUGUACACUGAUAGAGUGCCCUCUGUAUAUAUUAAUAUCACUGUGUGUUAUACAGCUAUGGUCUCUGCAGCAUGGCUCAUGCAGAGUUCAUUGAUUUAAUUAUGGAUGGACAUGUAGUUUUGUAUUUUGCCUUAUUUUAUCACUGAUUUGUUAAGGUUAUGAAUUUUAAACGUAAAAGUGGACAGGGGGAAAUAGCUGUUUGCUUGCCAAGUGUUUAUUACACAAAUAAAGUCUAUAUAGCACUGGUUGUUGUCAAAUAAUAGGAGGGGUGGGGAUAUCAUUAAGAGAGCAUUCAUGUAUUGCCGCAUUUCUUCCAUUCUGGAUGUAUCCUACAAUAGUGUGCAACAGUUGCAGAACUGCUGUCUCCAGACACUGUAAUCUCCCCCCGCCCCUCUCCAACACAGAGCUCUAAUCUUUCUCAUUGAGAAGCCACUAAUUUUGAUCCUCCAGAGUGUGCAUGGAGUUUUCAGCCCAACUUCUUAACCCCUUAGUAUCCAGACCGUUUUUCAAUUUUCUUAAGGACCAGGGUUGUUUUUACAUUUUUGGUGUGUGUGGCUGUAAGUUUCCUCUUACUCAUUUACUGUACCCACACAUAUUUUAUACCUUUUUUCUCGCCGUUAAAUGGUCUUAAUAAAGAUACCAUUAUUUUGAUCAUAUCAUAUAAUUUACUAUAAUUAAAUUAUAAAAUAUGAUGACAAUUUGAAGGAAAAAAAAACACUUUUUCUAACUGACCUCCAAAAUCUGUUGAGCAUCUACAACCGCCAAAAAACACCCAUGCUAGUUUAUAAAUGUUGUCCUGAGUUUAGAAAUACCCAAUAUUAACAUGUUUUUUUUGUUGUUUUUUUUGCAAGUUAUAGGGCUAUAAGUAUAAGUAGGACAUUGCUGUUUCUGUGGAUGAGUGUACAGAUAGGCACACUUGUACUUAGGGAGAAGGCGGGCAGCACACCUGGCACUUCCAUUAUUACUAUGGAGCUAACAUAAUUGGGUAGAAAACGUUGUUGUGGAGUGUCACUUUAAAGGUUUCUAAAAAGAAAAAAAAAUCCUGUAUAUUUAAAGAGCGUUUCAAAUUUUAGACCAAAAUAAAAAAACGAAAUGACCUAAACAAACACUCUAUGUGCUGCUAUGAUUGCUGCUAGGAGUGAUCUGCUUCCCCCCUAUUGUAAGGGGUCAAAAGGUUUUAGAAUGGUUUUAUCUCUUACCUGGUGCCACUCCCUAUCUCCUCUACAGUUUUAUGAGAGCCAGAAGCUCCUUUUCAGGACCUCCUAUUAUGUCUCCAGAACUAAGCCCUUCUGUGCGUUAGCUGAUUGCGCUCAACCAGUGAGUUUAAAACCUUCACUGCCAGGCUUAGCUCAGUGACAGAGUUCUCACUGAGCUGAUGUGGAGGCAUGAAACAGGGCCAUUAGGACCCCAAGUAAGAAGUGACUCCCUAGGAUCGUGGGGUGCCUGGGCUCUCCUGGCAACAUAACCAUUAAAGUGCCUUGUAGUGGUUACCAUGCUUGGGUUAUUCUCUUAAAAUAAACUAUCAUAUCUAUUAUUACACAUAUAUUGUAUGUUUAUAAUUUAAGAGUUAAAAAUUUUAUAUUGUUGCAUGAGAGCCAGGACAAAAGCAGCAAAUAUUUUCUAAGAUUAUGCACAGCUGGAGGUUUCCAAGAUGCUCGGUGCUUGAUUAUGAUGCCAGGAUUCAUGACUGCAAACUAACUCAUUACCUAGGUUUUUUUGUUUACUGAUGUAUUCAACCAAAGUGGGGUUAAAGGGACACUAAGGGCUUAUAAUAACUUCUUUGGUGAUUAUGGUGCAAGAAAGUCGUGGGCACAUGCUUACCUCAAGCGGUUUUAACCAUUAAAGGACCACUGUAGUGCCAGGAAAACAAACUCGUUUUCCUGGCACUAUAGGGUCUUUAGGUCCCCCCUCCCCCAGGGUCCCACUCCUGCUGGGCUGAAGGGGUUAAACACUUACCUUUCUCCAGCGCCAGACUCCCUUGGCGCUGGGGAACUCUCCUCCCUCUGCCGACGUCAGCACCGAGUGAGCAUGCGCGGCAAGAGCCGCACGCGCAUUCAAACAGUCCAUAGGAAAGCAUUUCUCAAUGCUUUUCUAUGGAUGUCCAGCGUCUUCUCACUGUCAUUUUCACAGUGAAAAGUGCCUCUAGCGGUUGUCAGUGAGACAGCCACUAGAGGCUGGAUUAACCCUUGUGUAAACAUAGCGGUUUCUCUGAAACUGCUAUGUUUACAGCUGCAGGGUUAACACUAAAUGGACCUGGCACCUAGAACACUUCAUUGAGCUGAAGUGGUCUGGGUGCAUAUAGUGGUCCUUUAAUGGAUGGUUUGGUACCUGUUAGUUCUGCCCCUGAACAUCCUUUCUUCAUCCAAGGCUAAUGAAGGGAAGUGGCCUAGAAUACUCAUAAAGUCAUGGAAAUGUUUUUAUAAUAUUUGCGUAUGUAGUUUUAUAACAAACUGUUUUUUUUUCGUUUUCAGAUGGCUUUCUGCAUUGUAUCUAAAGUUAGACAUGUUAUUCAAACCAUUAGAUGCAGCUCUGCACAUCAUACUUUUGUUCAAGAAGGAGGAAAUAAAUGGUUAUCAUUAAAUGUCCCUUGUCAAUGGUCACAAUGUAGAACAUUAAAGCUGUACCAAUGUCUGAAGUCUGAGGAUAACAAAUUAGAUCUGGAUGAAUGGAAAUCUAUAAUAAAAUCUGGUACCCAUAGUGUUGAAGUAGAAAAGGAUGGCGAGCCGGUAAAGGAAACCUCUCUAGCUGGUAUGAGGGAAUUGGUAGAAAUGUGGAGACUAGCAGGAAGAGCUGUGCCAGAGUCAAUGAGCAAUGAACAACUGCAAGCCCUAAUGGAUCUUCCCACAGUCACAGGAAGGAAAAAGUACUUGAAGUUCCUCUCCAAAAAGGAACUGGAAAAAAAUAACAGACGCAAGAAGAAGCAAGAACUUCAAAAAGCCAGAAUGGAAAGCUUGGAUCAGUUAGAAGUAAAGGAGGAAAGCGAAAUAAAAAAUACCAUGUUUUUAAAAUUCUGGGAUAGCACUAUUGAUAGCUUACAGCGUUGGAGACUUGCACAGGCAAUGCAAUUUGGUCAGCCUCUAGUUUUUGACAUGGUGUAUGACAACUACAUGUCACGGUGGGAAUUGGAAAACACAGUGGAUCAAUUAAUAAUGACAGAAGGAUGGAAUAGACGAUCUAUAGAUCCUUUUCAUAUACACUUUUGCAGUCUCCAGACUAAUGGCCCAUACCAUAAACAUUUGGAAAAGCGAUACACUGGGUCUUGGGAUAAAGUCUUAGUAACUGCCACUGAGAAAUCUCAUGUUGACAUCUUUCCCAAAGAUCAACUUGUCUACUUAACAGCAGACUCCCCUAACGAGUUAAAGAAAUUUGAUCAUAAUAAAGUUUACAUUGUUGGUUCCCUAGUUGACAAAUGUCAACAGACAGGGUUAUCCUUAGCAAAUGCCAAACGUUUAAAUUUGGCCACUGCAAGGUUACCACUGGACAGAUACUUAAGGUGGGACUGCGGGGCUAAAAAUCUCACUCUUGACCAAAUGAUUUGCAUUCUGCUAAGUUUAAAGGAACAUGGGGAUUGGAAAAAGGCAUUGUCAUUUGUUCCAACACGAAAACAUGAAGGGUUCGUACAGCGUGGUCAUUCUCAAGAAAAGUCCUCCCGAAAACUGAAAGACUCUGCAGAAUGGGGACAAUCUCGAGACAAGCCUUUGUUCAAAAAAUCCAACAAUAUACAAAAAUGGUAAAUAUAUAUAUAUAUAUAUAUAUAUAUAUAUAUAUAUAUAUAUAUAUAUAUAUAUAUAUAUAUAUAUAUAUAUAUUAUAGUGUGUGUGUGUGUAUAUAUAUAAUCGUUUGGAAAAUAAAAUAAAUUGAGAUGUUUUGAAUAAGCCGAAUAUUUAUUUUUUUAACUUUAAAGGCAUUCUAUUGCCAAAAAUUGUGGUGGAGAAAGUACCCUGCCUGAUAUCUGUAGCCAUAAGAUCUAAGGUUGCUUCCUUGAUCACUGAUUUUUAACAUGUCAUGAUUCCCUUUUAUUCCAGAAGUUUGGUCCUUAAGGGGUUAAAGUAGGAAUUUGCACCUAGUGUGCAUGCAUGCCAUGAGUCGCCAUUUCAUUAGGACAACCUUGAAGGAAGGAGAGCAUUGUAUCAGUGCUUUUCAAUGGGAUUUUAGGGAACCCUGGAUUUUCUCAUGCAGAGCCUAACAACCUGGAAGUGGCUCUAAUGACAGUCUGGUAGACAAUCAUUAGAGGUGGAGUUAACCCUGCAAUGUAAUUAUUGCAGUUUUUUUUAAUAACUGCAACAGAUACCAUUGCAGGGUUAAACUGACAGGGACAGUGGAACCAGACCAACUCAAUGAUUCUGAAGUGGUCUGGGUGCCUAUAGUGUCCCUCAAACUGUGAACGUCAUAAUACUGUUGGCUUUAACUGCAAUAAAAUUCAAUUGUAUGCUGUAACGUCUCACCCAUGCCCCCAUGUACAGAUUUGAUGGUGCUUUGGAAAGUUACAGGGUCCAAUAAAGAGCUUGCCCUUUUCACUUUUUAAACAUAGGUUUGCCGGAUCCUUGUUGCCUUUGAGAAUGUAUGGCAGGCCCGAGUGAGAAUUACCACCAUCAUAGCUUACCAUUUGCAAAGGUAGACAACCAAGAGUAUCCAUAAGUACAAUGGUACCCCUAUGUAUAGGUUUUAUGGGGUUUUGGAAAGUUACAGGGUCAAAUAUUGGGCUUGCAAAUUAAAUUCUUUUGAAAUUCUGCCUGGGUUGCCAGGCAAGUCCCUCAAUAUACAAUCAAUAAAAUCACAUAAUUAUGUAAAAAUAAUAUAUAAAAUAUACGUGUAGAAUUAAAUUUUAUUUUUUAUAUAUAUAUAUAUAUAUAUAUAUAUAUAUAUAUAUAUAUAUAGUGUGUCAAAGUACACUUGGAAUGAAAUGAUAUAUAAUUUAAAUCUGUGUGUAUUUAUUACUUUAACAUAUUUAAAUACUUUUACUAACUAUUUGUUGUGGGAUCUGCCUGACAACCAAGGCAGACCCCCUGCAGUCUGCCUGGGUUGUCAGACAGAUCAAAGUCGUAUAAUUGCAGGGUCAUCUGGAUCACAUGACUCAGAUUACGGGUAUUGUUUGCUGGGGGACAUCCUAGUUUGUCAGGCAGUCCCCCCGAUCAUGAUCGCCACAGAGGGUAAGUAUGCUGGCUGCUGGGAUGGCGCCAUCAUUGGGGAGUGCUAUGCUGCCCUAAAGGUGUCAAAGCCCUCCUUUUGUAGGACGGCAUAGCACGAACAGCAUUAAAGGGAUAAUCACAUACAGGAGGCUCCUGCAAGGUCUAGGAGGCUAUUAAUUAGAUAAAUUCUACAUGAAACAGAAUGUGCAGUACAGGUAUCUAAAAUGUCUAGGUUACUUUUCAGGAUGCUUUUGUAAAGUGUCACUCCAGGCACCCAGACCACUUCUGCCCAUUGGAGUGGUCUGGGUGCUAACUCCCACCACUCUUAACCCUGCAAGUGUAAUUAUUGCAGCCACUAGAGGUACUUCCAUGUUCUUAGAACACGAAAAGUAAACAACGCUAUGCAUGAAGACCUCCAGCAUUGCCGGAAUCCCCAUAGGAAGCAUUGAAUAAUGCUUUCCUAUGGGGAGGUCUAAUGCGCGUGUGUGCGGCCAUUGCCACAUAUGCAUUAGGUCUCCAUUGGCGGAGGAACAUGGGCGCAGCCUGGCCCAGCGCCAUGGGACAUCAGCGCUGGAUUCAGGUAAGUGGCUGAAGGGGUUUUAACCCCUUCAGAAACAUGGGGUGGGAGAGGGGCACUGCAUGGUUCUGCAGUGCCAAGAAAAUGGAUAUGUUUUCCUGGCACUGGAGAGUCCCUUUAAGAAGACUGUUUAAAGGGGCAGAGCAGACACAUGCUAGAUGAACUCCGGAGCAAACCCAGACUAACUUUUAAAGGAAAAUAAGUACUGCGCUCAAACUCCCACUACUCCUGGUUGGCAGUAAUGACCAUAGUACACAUCAGCCCCAAUACAUUAAAAAAACAAAAAGGUUACUUGCACACUAUUCCAAAUCCCUGUGCAUAUUAAUAUUAAUGGGGGUUAUUUAGUAACUUUAAUAGCCAUUAGAUGGAAGCCCACCUGCCACGUCAAGGCAAACCUCUUAGGUGGGUCCUACACUUACAAUUCACCUAGCCUGCUUCAGCUGAAGGCAAAAUAAAAUCUCUAAUGAGACAGAGAGGGUUUUUUUUUUUUUUUUAACUCCUACUUACUUAUUAAUCCUUAAUAGGGAACACAUGGGAUGGGCGCAAUUCGUGGCUAAAUUGAGCUGCCGUGCUAUUAGAAGUGCAGAGAGAGGGAGAGUACACCACAGCCACACACUGGUAGAACCCCCGUCUCGAAAAAAUUAUCUAUACACCAAAACUGCUUUAUUAAGCUAAAGUUUUUUUGGUGCCUGUAGUGUCCCUUUACCUGUCAUUCUCUGCUAAAUAUUGUAAUAAAACUGUGUUUUCUUUCUAAUUUUUAUCAUACACUCAUAUAACAAGGAUUUUUUAUGUGUAUUUCCUAACCUGCUGUUUGCUAACCCUAUACAAAAUCCCAUAAUGUGUUCAACUACAUCUUAGUACAACAAUACCCUCAAUGUGUGCCUUUCUCACUAUUCUGUGAAGCUACAGUGCCAUAUAAUAGACCAUUUUAGGUUUUAUAGUUUGAUUUUUCAUAAAUGGAUUUCAUGGGACAAUAUCUCAAUUUAGGUCAUUAUAGCAGUUUGAUUGUUCAGGUUAAGCCACAAUGCCUACCAUUUGUGAAAGUAGACUUGCCAGGGUCUCUCAUAUGGUGUAUAUUGUGCCCUAAUGUGCUACCUUUUUUCACUACUUUAUAUCAACACUUAAUUUGAAAAAAAAAAAGUGGUUUUUUUUUUUCCCCUUUCAUUUUUUACAUACCUGUUACAUAUUCUGUUAUGUGCCACUAUCAUCAAAGCCACCAAAAUAUGCUCCACAAUCUUUUCUGAAUAAAACAAUAUCCCCGAUGUGUGCCUUUUGGCACUGUCUUGUGAAAAUACAGUGCCAUAUAAGAGACCUAACUAUUUCAGUUUUUAUAGUUAAAAUUUUGAUAAAUUACUUCGAUAGACCUGUUCUGCAUUUUGGAGCGUUGCAACGGUUUGCCAUUUCAAAUAACCCCAUAAGUGAAUAUAAUGUGUUAAAGUAGACACCACAAGGUAUAUUAUAUGAUACUUGAACCUUAUUGUCAAGAGAGGGUACGAACCAAAAUGUACAGACCCAGAACACAACACAUUUUUACUUUUCCAUGUACCGCUCUUUAGAGAGGCCAUAUUAACUGUGGACAGUGUCACAGUAAAUAAUAGAGGUCGAGAAAAACUGGAUAAAUGUUAAUUUAGCCAAGAUCAAAGGAGUACAGAGGUUAGUAAAAAUGUUAAACAAGCCAAGAAAGAGAUACCAGAAUUAAAAUACACAAGAACGAGCUAUUAGGCUAACUAGAACCACAACAGGGCAACAAGGAGUGGGAGAGGUGAGCAUAAAUAGGCAAGACGUGUUUCCUAUUGGUCCACAUUAUCUUUAAAUUCCAUAUGAUUUUUGGGUGGUUCAAAACCCCAUUAGACUGUUUAAAUACGUCAUCAGAUUGUGCCGAAUUUGGUCUGACGAAUGCUUCAAUCAGACCAGAAUUCAGUGCGGCAUUCGGACUCAGAUUUGAUCACUCAGAAUUAUGUGGCACGAGAGCAUGUAGCAUCACAGACAAUUAUGGGGGGCCCUGGUAAAAUACCAGUACCCACUUCAAGUAUGAAAGUUACAGACCAAACAAAGUGCCUGAACAUAAGAGGUCCGGCGAAUGGGGCAUUUGGACACGACUUCAGUCUGGCAAAAGCGGCAUUCUGACACACAAAGGCCUGUGAGACAUACUUCUUCUUUUCAAAGUAAGGUUACCCAGGAAACACGCAGGCUAUAAGGCUACUUGACCUGCUCUUAUGCCCACGUGGUGUAUCUUCUUACCUGCAGAUGUGGUUUACAAUAUGUGGAUAGAACAGGCAGACAAGCCAAAAUUAGUUUCCUGGAACACCUAAAUAACAUCAGAAAAGGUUUAACAUCACAUUCUUGACGAGCAUUUCUCCACUAAUCUCCAAACUCUCCUUUUACCUAUCUCAAACCUCACCUGUCCUAGUUCUGCAACCUCCUUCUACAAUUCCACCCUUUCAACUAGACAUCAUGGCACCCUGUACAUUUAAACGCCGCAGGCGCCCCCAACAACAACCCUGGCACACCAAGCUCACUCGAUACCUCCAAAAAUGCUCCAGAACUGCUGAACGUUGUUGGAGAAAGUCUCACUGUGCAUCUGACUUUCUCCAUUAUAAAUUUAUGCUGAGCUCAUACAGCUUGGCUCUUUCUUCUGCAAAAAUUAAUUACUUCAAUACCCUCAUAACUCUCCCGCAAACCCAAAUGACUAUUUCACACAUUUAACUCUCUUCUUUGCCCUGCUGCUCCUCCUCCACCUACUAACUUGACCGCCUCAGACUUUGCAACUCACUUCACUGACAAGAUCUCUCAUCGUUCUUCUUCCCUUUACAAUACUUCUCCUAACUUCACUCCCUCUGCUGUUCAUGUUCAUUCGUACCCGCUACAUUGGAAGAGGUUUCUGCUGUGCUCCAGUCCUCCCGCCCCACCACCUGCUCCCUAGAUCCAAUUCCCUCGCAUCUCAUUCGUACUCUGUCUUCUCUUUCUCCACCGCUCACUAAAAUUCUCAAUCUCUCUCCUCUGGUAUAUUUCCAUCGCCCUUCAAACAUGCAACUGUAACCCCAAUUCUAAAGAAGCCCAAUCUUGACCCUUACUCCCCAUCCAACUAUCGUCCUAUCUCGCUACUGCCUUUUGCAUCCAAGGUCCUUGAAAGAAUUGUGUAUGCGAGAUUGACAGACUUCCUCGAGUCCAACUCUCUGCUAGACCCGCUUCAGUCUGGUUUCCGCACUACGCACUCCAUGGAAACGGCACUGACCAAAGUAUGAUCUACUCGCUGCAAAAUCUCGUGGUCACUACUCUAUCCUAAUUCUCCUUGACCUGUCUGCAGCUUUUGACACUGUUGAUCAUCAACAGCUUCUUCUCAUCCUCCGCAAUAUCGGUCUACAAGAUAUUGCUCUCUCCUGGUGCUCCUCCUAUCUCUCCCAGCGCUCUUUCAGUGUUUCUGGCUCUGCUUCUUCUCCCCAACUCCUCUCUGUUGGUGUCCCCUAAGGUUCAGUCCUUAGUCCCCUACUGUUCUCCAUCUAUACUGCCUCCCUUGGUAAACUCAUUUGCUCCUUUGGCUUCCAAUAUCAUUUCUAUGCAGAUGACACGCAAAUCUAGCUGUCCUCUCCUGAUUUCUCCCCGUCCCUCUUGACUAGUGUCUCUGACUGCUUCUCUGCUAUUUCUAACUGGAUGGCUGCCCACUUCCUUAAACUAAACUUGACAAAAAACUGAAAUUCUGGUCUUUCCUCCCUCGGGUGUUGUUACGCCUGUGUCAACGGUGCUACCAUCAGCUCUAUCACACAGGCUCGCUGCCUAGGUGUUCUCUUUGACUCUGACCUCCCCUUCAAGCCUCAUGUUCAAUCUAUAGCCAAAUCCUGUCAUUUCCAUCUCAAAAACAUUGCGUGCAUCCGCCCCUACUUAACGCCAGAUGCGACUAAGGUGUUGGUCCAUUCCACUAUCCUUUCUCGCCUUGACUACUGUAAUCUGCUUCUCAGUGGUCUUACGUGCUCCCAGCUUGCACCGUUACAGUCCAUAAUGAAUGCGGCAGCAAGGCUCAUCUUCCUGUCCGCCCGCACCUCCCAUGCCUCACCCUUCUGUCAGUCCCUACAUUGGCUUCCUAUAAAAUAUAGAGCUCAAUUUAAAAUUCUGGUUCUUGCUUUCAAAACGCCACAUAAUGCUGCUCCCACCUAUCUACCCUCUCUUAUACACAAGUAUGUCCCGUCUAGGCCCUUACGAUCAUUGAGCCUCAACCCCUCUGUUCCUGUGUGUCCAACUUGUCUGGUUACAACUACGUGUCUGUUCGUCCACCCAUUGUAAAGCGCUGCGGAAUUUGAUGGCGCUAUAUAAAUAACAUAAUAAUAAUAACAUUCAGUUCCUCUUCACUACAAUUGAUGCUCCACUUAUGACCCAAAAACAAAUUUAUGUUCACUAUUUUAGAACAGGUCAAAUUUAAUGAAAGAGGGAGCGACUUAAAGGACCACUAUUGGCACCCAGACCACUUUAGCUCAAUGAAGUGGCCUGGAUGCCAGGUCCAUCUAGGGUUAACCCUGCAGCUGUAAACAUAGUUUCAGAGAAACCGCUAUGUUUAUACUAGGGUUAAUCCAGCCUCUAGUGGCUGUCUCAUUGACAGCCGCUUCCGCGCUUCUCACUGUGAAAAUCACAGUGAGAAGACGCUGCCGUCCAUAGGAAAGCAUUGGGAAAUGCUUUCCUACCGACUGUUUGAAUGCGCGCGCGGCUCUUGCCGCACAUGCGCAUUCGGCGCUGACUUCAGCAGAGGGAGGAGAGUUCCCCAGUGCCGAGGGAGCCCGGCGCUGGAGAAAGGUAAAUGUUUAACCCCUCUUGACCCCAGCAGGAGGGGGGCCAUGAGGGUGGGGGUGACCCAAAAACCCUAUAGUGCCAGGAAAAUGAGUUUGUUUUGAAUUAGUUUCAGUGGGUCACACCACUGCUGUUGAUUAUUGAUUGUAGGAUCUGUGUCACAUCUUUGACAUUUGACUUUUCAGGGACACCCCUCAACCUCAAGUUGAUUCUUCUGCGCUGUUGUCCAAAUCCUCAGUGCAUCUAAGGAGAACAAAGAUAUGGGAUGAUUGGGCCUGUAAUGCCCCUGCAAAUAGUUAA